GUUUCUUCAAAGGCAACCAGAACAACAGUAAACAUCAAGAGUAUUUGUACAAAAACGAGGACAGUUAUAGAAACACUCCGCAGACACAUCGGUCACCCAUGUCCCCAGAAUUACCUCACAGAGGACACUUGACUGUUGCUCCUGUUAGAGGGUCAUCACAUCCUGCGUCCAUCUUCAACCUUCCUCCAAAGAAAGUAGUGCGAGCUAAUGCCAACUACACUGCUAGGUUUGCAGGCGAAUUGUCGUUUGCCAAAGGCGAUUUCUUCUAUGUAAUUAACGAACGGCCUGAUGGUCUUAACUAUGAGGUGAUCAAUCCUAUUCAGCGCAUUCGUGGAAUUGUGCCGACUUCUCACUUUGCUUCUCUGGACAAGGUGCAGCAAGAGGCUAAUGCUCGCAAUCCUGACUACAAUGGAGACGAUCAAAACAACUAUGGAUAUACUGAUGAUGGUUAUGACGAUUCUUAUAAUAACCAUCAUACUAGUGAUCCAUACGGUCAACCUCCAAAUAACAACUAUAUGGGUGUAAAUCAUGGUCGGUCUCCGCUUUCUCCUGCUUCUCCUGGAUCCAAUCAAGCUCAUGGAAUUAGUGCUUCUGGGUCUGGUCGAGGUGAUAAACAGCUAUGGUCUGUUCUUGUACAGAGAUCUGAACAGCGGGAUGAUGGACUUUGGUGGUUUACAGUCGAGCUUAAAAUGACGGACAAUUCUAGCAACAUUCUAUUCCGUACAUAUGAUGAUUUUUGGAUAUUGCAAGUAUCACUGUUGAAUCAUUUUCCAUCUGAAUCAGGUAGACUGGACCAGCCUCGUACCAUUCCCUUUUUACCCACUCCGACACGAACCUUGACUCCAGAGCAGGCUCAGCAACGACGCCAUCAACUGGACUCUUACAUGCAAGAACUCAUCAAACUACCUAGCCAUAUUAUGAAUGCACCUAGUGUCAAGCGAUUCUUGAUGGUGCGAUCGGGAGAUCUGGAUACACCAAUGAAUAUCCGAUUUGAUGUAUCUGAGACGCUGCUGGAUUUACUUACAGAAUAUCAAGAAGAGGCGGAUUUACGAAUCAAACUAGUACUGGGCGAGGAGAUUAUUUGUUGGAAAGAACCAGAUUAUAUAUCGUUUGAGGAACUCAUGUACCAUGCAGAAGAACGCUUGGAAUUUAGAUUCCAAGCGUUGAUGUAUAAAGAUGAAUGCGAACAGCUGAUUCCAUUGCGAAGCAAUACUGAUUUGAGAUUGCUAGUGACGACACUGAGCAAAAAACUUACGUUCUAUGUGAGUUGAAAUGCCAGAAAUGGUUUUUUUUGGUAUAUGGACCAUGCGUCACUUGUCAAUAUAUGGCUGUUACGAUCUGUUUUGGAAAGCCGUGUAAUUGAAACUGUCAAGUUUUCAAAAAAUGAAAUCAAUAUUACAAAGU